UUUAAAUAAUUAAUAAAAAUGGUUUAAAGUAAGUAUGUGAAAAACUGAGCAUCGCUUAAAUUCAGAAAUAUACCACAAAAUACCGAUUUGUUGAAAAUGGGACACGUUUACCGUCUAGGUAAAUUUGAUAGCGAAGAAUAAAUGUUUGCAGAUAAUAUCAGUCAAGAAGUGCUAUUUGUUAUUGAACCGGUUUAUCAAAUUAGGUAAAUUUUAUUUACAAAAAAAUGUGACCAAAUCAUUUAUGGUAAUGAUAAAACGAAAGGAAGUUCCCCACGUUUUAGUCAUUUCCUGCAAAAUUCCCCGAGUAAUAUGACACUAAUUAUGUCCAAUUGUUUAAAAUUUGAUCAAUAACUAAUAAUUGUAUGGAUUUUCUUGCCGUUUUUUUUGCAAAAUUAUUAUUAACCACUUAUUUAUAAACUCACACCUCGAGACGUAAUUUAAAAAAAUAUAUUUAAGUAGUUUGCUGUUUUCGCCGAUAAGAUAAAUUUUAUAUCCGUUGAGAAUGUCAUACGCUAUUUUUCAUUGCACGAAAGAUGAGCAACCACAAAUAUUUAAAUUUUAUCCAACAGUUUAAUCAAGACGAUGUGAUACAAAUGUUCAAAGAUAACGGAUACUCUGAACUCGAGGAAGUUUUAAUUAAAAUGAAUAUUAAAGACGGAAAAGAACUUUUGAAUUUAACUGAAUUAGAUAUGAUUAAAUGGAAAUUAGAAGUAGCCGUAAAACGAAAACUUUGGUCAUUUGUAACAAAAUUAAAAGAAAAUCCUGGAAACUAUCUCCAAUUACCUCAAGAAAAACCUAAGCCUCCAAACUUAAUCAGACGGCAAAGCAUUAGGCAUGAAAAGUCCAAUUUCGUGGAGAAAUUAGAACAAGUAAUAUAUAUGAAUUCACCAGAAACCCAAAAUAAACAAAAACCGUUGGUACCACCUAAAAGACCAUCGGUAAAUAAAGUGGCUGAAGAAAAUGAAUUUUCCAGUCAAGAAACUCCUCAAACAGAAAAUGUUUGUGAACAACUGCCAACACCCAAAUUUUCCGAGACGGUAAUUUUGGAUGACAAGACCGACUCUCAACAGGAAAAUAAAAGUAAACAACUGCCAAUACCACCAAAAAAACUAGUGGUUCACGAAAAGGAAUUUUCCGACGCGAGCAAAAAAACUGACUUCGAAAAAAGUCCUCAAAAAGAAAAUAAAUGUAAACAACUGCCAACACCUCCCAAAAAAUUACCAGAAUUAAAACCACCCGAAAAGGCGUUUAUAGAAGUUGAAAAAGAAUCACCGGUUGAAGAAUACGUUCCAAUGGAUAUCUACGACGAAAGUGGAUAUUUGAAACCUUCUACACAAUUCCGACAAAACUCUAUUUCGCAAAGACCUCCACUAGCAUUACCAAGGGAAAGUACCACCGUAGAUUAUAUUAAUGGACCUACAAAUAAAAGCGCCGUGGAUGAACCACCUCCUCUCCUUCCACGAGCGAAAGAAAAUAACCGGAAAAAAUCAGAGCAAACUCAAAUAAUGUCGGAACCUGAAGAAAUAACAUACGAAGCUGUGGAAGAAACAACUCCGCAAGUCACCGUACCGCAGAAACCAUCAAACUACGAAUUAUUGACUAACAAAUUAUUUGGUUUAUUUAAAACAAACAAAAAGAAUCCCAAUGAAUGCAACACGAAUUCCUUAGAACGGUCAAGAAAAAAUUCAGAAAGUUCACCUAAACCUGAAAGACGUUUGCAAAAUAGACCUCUACCCGCUGUUCCAAAACGAGCAGAAGAAUUCACCGAAAAUACCCAAAUACAAACACGAAAAACCGUGUAUAUUGAAACCAAAGCUCCAGAUCAAGUGCCAUCCAGAUCAAAGUCUGAAAAUAAUCUACUUUCUUCAGAAGAGGAGGCAACUUAUGGAAAUGCUGAAGUAGAAGAACCAAAACCUAAACCCGACAGUUAUGAACACUUUUGCCUUACAGGGGGUUUAAAAAUUGUACCAUCGCCCAACAAUUUACCCCACGGCCCUCUCAAUCCAGCAGAACUAAGAGACAAUAGUGAAAGCGAAGGGGAUGAAGGAGAAGAGUAUGGAAAUUAUGUUUUCAACAUCAACGACGAGCCAUUCUACCGGAAUACGGACAGGAGGGGCGCCAAACAGCUCCUCCAAAAUUUAGCAAAUGGGGCUUUUCUCAUUCGACCAAGUCGAAAAUAUUUUCUCUCAUUAACACUAAAGCACAACGGUCGAUAUUUUAAUCUGGGGAUAGAAAAAGGUCCAAACAACAAAAUUCGUCUCAAUACAGAAAACGAAAGCAUGUCUCCAGAAUUCGCAACGCUCAAGGAUUUUGUAGAGUAUUUUAGCAGAGAACAACUGACGUUUCAGCAUCAAGGUCGCACUGUAGCUCUGCUUUUGAAAAAAAUUUUACCACCGGAAGUGUUUUAAACCAAAUUGUGAUCUAUGUCUGUUUACAUACUUUAAUCUAUGUUGGGCAAAUGUAAAUAAAUGACGAACGAUAAAGCUUAAUAAAUACUGUUUUAAAAAAAUAUUUUGUAUUAGGUACAGGAAGGCCAAUGAAACAUUCAUUUAGCUGUUUAA